AUGACUACUGUUAGACUUGACCGUAUUAAUAUAAUGCAAGAAUCAUACUUAGUGAAGUAUUACAAGUCUGAUUCUCCAAAAAUUGCUAUAUAUACCCAAAUACUUUCUUCUAAUUUAUUUACUUAUCUCUCAUAUCCAAUAGCUACUCAUUUGUCUCAUGAUAAUGAUAUACCACCUAUACAGCAAG